AUGUCGAAAAAUUGUAACGGAAUCCGUACACUUCUCAUCGCAACCCCAGGCCAAUCUCAUGUCGAAAGAGAUACACCAACCCCAGGCAGAUCUGUUGUGGAAAGAGAUACACCAACACCAGUCCGAUCUGAUGUCGAAAGAGAUACACCAACUCCAGGCCGAUCUGAUUUCGAAAGAGAUACAACAGCCCCAGGCCGAUCUGAUGUGGAAAGAGAUACACCAACACCAGGCCGAUCUAAUGUGGGAAGAGAUACACCAAAACCAGGCCGAUUCGAUUCUAAAAAAAAGGCACGCUACGACCAAAUCGUUCAAAACGCACUUGGAAGUGUGAAUUAG